GAGCCUCGACGCGGAACAGCGGCCCCCAGCCGGCGGCUGGGAGCUGAGCCCAGCGUGUCCGCGAGCGUCUGUGGGGACAUCUGUUCGCSGGCGCGCGCCGAGUCCACAGGUGUUCUGUGGCAGCACAGGCACCAUGACAGARCCGUCUGGGGAUGCUCGUCCAGUCCCUCUCGGCAGCAAGGCCUGUCGUCGCCUCUUUGGCCCAGUGGACAGCGAGCAGCUGCGCCGUGAUUGCGACGCCCUCAUGGCUGGCUGCCUGCAGGAGGCCCGGGAGCGGUGGAACUUCGACUUUGUCACCGAAACGCCCCUGGAAGGCAACUUCGCCUGGGAGCCUGUGAAGGGCCUGGGCCUGCCCAAGCUCUACCUGACCCCGGGGUCCCGGGGUGGCCCGGAUGACCUGGGCAGGCGGCCCAGCACUUCAGCCRCCCUGCUGCAGGGGUCAUCUCAAGAGGACCAUGUGGACCUGUCGCUGUCCUGCACCCUCGUGCCUCGCUCCCCUGAGCGACCUGAGGGGUCCCCUGCUGGGCCUGGAACCUCUGGGGGCCGAAAACGGCGACAGACCAGCAUGACAGAUUUCUACCACUCCAAGCGCCGGCUGAUCUUCUGCAAGAGGAGGCCCUGAUCCACCCCUGGAGCCUUCGCACUCCCGGACACAGUGGGGGGCCCUCCAGGCCUCUCCCUAUCUUCUGCCUUCGUCCUUCAGUUUGUGCGUCUUAAUUAUUAUUUGUGUUUUAAUUUAAACUCCUCCUCAUGUACAUACCCAGCCUGCCCUCUCUCCCCCCAGCCUCUGGYGGUAGAAUUUAUUUAAAGAAAAAUUAGGCAGUAGCAUGAUAGGCUCCUCAGAGGGCUGGGCAUACUUUUAUUAUAUGAAAUAUUAUUUAAAACCUGUCAUCCUAUCCUCUUUGUGUCCUCUCCUGGAGGUGGGGGGGGGGGUCUGGCUCCAUGCCGGCCACCUCCUCCUCCGCCUUGAGGGGCCUGUUCCCUCCCUCUGCUCAUGUCUCAUGAGUAUUCUGUGAUUCCGCCCCUUUCUUGGGUUCUCCACCUGAAUUCCUUACCAUUUGAGAAGUAAAUAGAUAGCACUUUGAAGGGGGCCCAGCCAAGUGGGGUCAUCAUAAAACAAAUAAAUAAAUCUUUGGAGUCCCUUCACCUCCUUUAAGAUUGGGCAGGGUGACUGUGAAGUGGGCACAGCCUAAACUAGGGCUGGGCGCUUCGUCCCUCCUGGCCCUGGAUACCCACCUCUGUCCUGUGGUCGGGGAAGGUGGGCCCUGUAGCAGCUCCCCACCUCCACUGAUGGCCCCAUUGGCCGUCCCCUGGGAGCACGCCUCAGUGUUUGGGCUUCUCUCCUGGUGGCUCCCCCUUUACUUUUUGGGGGGCCUCGA